UCUUGAGCUGAAAAUAAUAUAAUAAACAUAUAAAUGAAUGGUUUGUUAGUGAGGGGUUUUCACGCAGGUUUUCCAAGUGGCAAUAGAUUAAUAGGUACCUACCUAAGCUAUAUUUAAAAAUAUAAUGUUUCUUUUCAGGUUUUUAAUCACAGGAGUCAGUUUCAAAACUUUAGCAUUCAAUUACCGAAUGGGAUUUAGUACAGUUCGUUGUAUAGUCCAUGAAACCUGCCGUGUAAUCUGGAAUAUUCUUGGCCGUAUCGUUCUGCCAAAACCAACAACAGCACAAUGGAAGAUAAUUGCUAAAGACUUUGAUGAAAUAUGGAAUUUUCCAAAUUGUAUUGGUGCCAUAGAUGGCAAGCACUUCAAGAUACGAGCUCCAAAUAAUAGUGGAAGUAUGUAUUUUAAUUAUAAAAAAUUUUUUAGUAUCGUUCUGUUGGCUGUAGCAGAUGCUAAAUACAGAUUUGUCAUUGUCGAUGUAGGUGCUUAUGGUAGAAAUAGCGACGGUGGUAUAUUAGAUCAUUCAAAAUUGGGUUUAAAAUUGCAAAACGACACCUUAAAUAUUCCUCAAAAUGUGAGCUUACGAGGAAUAACUGAAGAAUUACCCUAUGUUUUUGUUGCUGAUGAAGCAUUUCCACUAACGAAAAAUAUAAUGAGACCGUACCCUGCGAAUCAAUUGGCAAAUAUAGAGAAAAGAGUUUUUAAUUACAGACUAAGUCGAGCAAGGCGUAUUGUGGAGAGUGCUUUUGGCAUUCUUCAAUCAAGGUUUGAAAUAUUUCAGAGGAGAAUGCAAGUACAAGCAAAAUAUAUAGAUAACAUCAUUUUAGCCUGCUGUUCUUUACAUAAUUACAUCAUUAACAAUGCAACGACGGAACUUCCAAACCCACUACAGGAAAGUGACAUUUUAGAAAGUUCCGUGGAUAACAAUGUAGUUGGCGAUACCGAUAUUAUCAUGUGCGAGGGUAUGGUCAUUAGAGAUCAAUUUAAACAAUAUUUUAACUCUGAACAUGGGUCAGUUAGUUGGCAGAAUAAUAUUGUCAAUAGAUCAUAAAAUACCAACGAUCUAUAAGUCAAUGUAAUUAAUUAUAU